ACUAACUUCUCACAGUUUUUAAACCCUUCUCUUCUUUCUUUCACUUCCUCAAACCCAAAAUAUUCUUUUCAAGUUUUCCAUCAAUCUUAAAACACCAUGUCUUCCUUCAAGAACAAAUACCAAGAUGAACUGAUUGCCAAUGCUGCUUACAUUGGCACUCCCGGGAAGGGUAUCCUUGCCGCUGAUGAGUCAACUGGUACAAUUGGCAAACGUUUGGCCAGCAUCAGUGUAGAGAAUGUUGAAACAAACAGACGUGCUCUUAGGGAACUCCUGUUCACGACACCCGGUGCUUUUCAUUGUCUCAGUGGUGUCAUACUGUUUGAGGAAACUCUAUACCAAAACACAGCUUCAGGAAAACCCUUUGUAGAGUUGUUGAAGGAAGGUGGUGUUCUUCCUGGUAUUAAGGUUGACAAGGGCACCGUGGAGCUUGUCGGAACUAAUGGUGAAACCACCACUCAAGGUUUGGACGGGCUCGGUCAGCGUUGCCAGAAGUACUACGAAGCCGGUGCCCGUUUUGCCAAAUGGCGUGCCGUGCUGAAGAUCGGUCCAAACGAACCAUCCGAGUUGGCUAUCCAUGAAAAUGCCUAUGGUCUUGCUCGAUACGCAGCCAUAUGCCAGGAGAAUGGCCUGGUGCCUAUUGUGGAGCCAGAGAUUCUGGUGGAUGGACGCCAUGACAUCAACAAAUGUGCGGCAGUGACUGAGCGUGUACUUGCUGCAUGCUACAAGGCACUGAACGACCACCAUGUUCUGCUUGAAGGAACUUUGUUGAAGCCCAACAUGGUGACUCCUGGUUCGGAGUCUCCAAAGGUGACCCCAGAGGUGAUAGCUCAAUACACUGUUGCGGCGUUGCAGAGGACCGUUCCUGCUGCAGUUCCGGCUAUUGUUUUCUUGUCUGGUGGGCAGAGUGAGGAGGAGGCGACCCUGAACCUGAAUGCCAUGAACAAGUUGCAGGGAAAGAAGCCAUGGUCUCUUUCUUUCUCUUUUGGAAGGGCACUGCAACAGAGCACUCUUAAGGCAUGGGGUGGGAAAGAUGAAAACAUUAAGAAGGCUCAGGAUGCCUUCAUUGCUAGGUGCAAGGCAAACUCACAAGCAACCUUGGCAACUUACAAAGGUGACGCUACCCUUUCCGAGGGUGCCUCGGAGUCUCUCCAUGUCAAGAACUACAAAUACUGAAAAAAGGUGUUCGCUUCCUGUCGUUGCUUCUCACGUUGCUUUCCCUUUGGAUUUCUGUCAUUCAGUUUUCUAUUGUCAAGUAGUUUCGUUAUAUGUUUCGAUCA